AAAUGGGAUAUAACAUGCAAGUACAUUUUACCAUAAAUAAACCAUUUGGGCUAUGCGAGACAUGACCAUUGGUCCAGAUCCUUUAAACGGUACGUGCGCUUUUAGAUUGCAUAGUUUCCUAUAGAAGAAAGGAAACAAGAAAGGACAAUGACCAAAACCAACAGAAGCCUCACGAUCUGCAUUAGAUUAUUGUGGCUCUGGAAAAAAUCACUUUUGCUGCUACUGCUGCUUCCCAACUUUUGUUCAACGCAGACAAUCAUCAAGAACUUGCCAGGAUUUUCUGGUGACCUCCCAUUCAAGCUUGAAACUGGGUACGUUGGGGUAGGCAAUAAGGAUGAGCUGCAGCUGUUCUACUAUUUCAUUGAGUCAGAAAGGAGCCCAGAAAAUGAUCCUCUGCUGCUUUGGAUCACCGGAGGCCCUCGAUGCUCCGGUUUUUCUGGCCUCGUUUAUGAAAAUGGUCCAAUAUCUUUCAGUUUUACAAGUAUAACAAAGCAUCCAGUAGAACUUGUUUUGAAUCCAUACUCAUGGACAAAGUUAGCAAACAUAAUAUUUCUAGACGCUCCUGCCGGGACUGGUUUCUCUUACUCCACAACAACAGAUGGGUACAACACUAGUGACACCAUUCAUGCAAAACGAGCUUCUGAGUUUGUUCAAAGGUGGCUUUUGACUCAUCCCAAGUUUCUUGCAAAUCCACUCUACAUUUCUGGUGAUUCGUACUCAGGCAAGAUUGUUCCGAUCAUUGUUCAAGACAUAACUAACGGUAUUGAAGCUGGAAUCUCGCCGUUUUUGAAUCUCAAAGGAUACGUAAUUGGCAAUCCAGUUACAAAUCGAAAAGAGGAAUUGAAUUCGCAAAUUGAAUACGCUCAUCGCAUGGCGCUUAUAUCAACUAGAAUGUUUGAGUCGACCAAAAGGAAUUGCAAGGGGGAUUACAUAGAUGUGGAUCCAAACAAUGAGCUUUGCCUCAACAAUCUUCAAGCUUUCGAGGAGUGCAUUAGCAGAAUUGAGGAGAGUCAUAUAUUGGCACCUGCAUGCGCUCCUGGUGUCGAUGAUGACAAUUUCUUAAGCUUUCCCUUUCCUGAACAACUGUGUCGGGUAGAGAGGCAACGGUACUCUGAGGUUUGGGCAAAUGAUAUGAAUGUUCGUAAAGCUCUCAACAUUCGGGAGGGAACAAAAGCUGAAUGGGCAAGAUGCAAUAGCUCAAUACCUUACAUAAAAGAUGUCCAUAGUAGUGUUUACUAUCAUCGAAACCUCAUGCAAAAAUCCCUCCGGGCUUUUGUCUACAGUGGGGAUCAUGACUUGAAAGUUCCCCAUAUAAGUACAGAGGCAUGGAUAGAAUCCUUGAGCUUGCCAAUUGUUGAUGACUGGAAACCAUGGUUCUCUAACAAUCAAGUUGCUGGAUACAGAGUUGGCUAUUCGAAUGGAGAGUAUCAUUUGACAUAUGCCACUAUAAAGGGAGGAGGUCAUACAGGUCCCGAGUUUAAUCCCAGAGAAAGCUUUGAUAUGAUCGAAAGGUGGCUAGAACAUUCUCUUUAAUCUAUUCUGCUACUAUGUCAAGAUUAAUAUAAAGGAUGUUGAAUUAUGAGUACUCUCUUUUAAUUAAGUCGAAUAGUAAACAUAUAUGGGGGCCUGUUUUGCUCCAAAGGGUGAAUAAAUCUACUUUGUAGUAGACAUGUCAAUGGAUCAGAUUUUGAUCUAAAUCCGAUUUGAAUUCGGUGUAAUUAAUAGGAGAUGGAUUGGACUUCUCAAUCCAA